AUGUGGGAACGCAACAGCACCAGAAGUGCAGCGAGCUCUGGGAACAGCAGUAGUGCCUCUUCUGAGCAAAGACUCCUGGGAAGGUCCCCACCCACUAGGCCCAUCCCUGGCUAUCGGGCUGACAGGGCUAUCCAGAUCCAGCCUAAGCAACUGGUUGCGGAUGACUUGAAAGGUUCCUUGAAGGAAGACUUGACUCAGCACAAGUUCAUCUGUGAACAGUGUGGGAAGUGCAAAUGCACGGCUCCCAGGACCCUUCCUUCCUGUCUGGCCUGUAACCAACAGUGCCUGUGCUCGGCUGAGAGCAUGGUGGAAUAUGGCACCUGUAUGUGUUUGGUCAAAGGCAUCUUCUACCAUUGCUCCAGUGACGAUGAAAGUGAUUCGUACUCGGACCAUCCUUGUUCAUGUUCCCAGUCGCACUGCCGCUCUCGAUUCCUGUGUAUAGGAGCCAUGUCUCUCUUCUUCAAUCAAGAACCAUAA